AUGGAAUAUCUCAUUCAGCAAGGAUCUGAUGUGAACAGGGAAGAUGACACUGGGUGGACGGCAUUUAACGCUGCCGUUCAAGAGGGCCACCUAGAAGCCGUCAAAUGUCUCAUGUCUAACGGAGCGAAGCAGAACAGAUAUGUUGGCAUGACCCCACUAUAUGCCGCAGCCCAUUUUGGUCAUUUAGACAUCGUCAAAUUCUUCAUUUCAAAGGGAGCUGAUAAGAACGAAGAAGAUGACAAAGGGAUUCUUCCUCUCCAUGGUGCGGCUAUUAAUGGUAACGCUGAAGUCAUGGAAUAUCUCAUUCAGCAAGGAUCUGAUGUCAACAAGGCAGAUGUCAAGGGUUGGACACCAUUCAAUGCUGCUGUUAAAUAUGGCCAUCUAGGAGCCGUCGAGUACCUCAUGACUAAAGGAGCGAAGCAGAACAUAUAUGAUGGAAUGACCCCACACUCUACGCCGCAGCAGAAUAUGCAAGGUUCCGAUGUGAACAAGGGUGAUACCAUGGGCGGGACAUCAUUCAACGCUGCCGUUCAAUGUGGCAAUUUGGAUGCUAUCAAAUACCUCAUGACUAAAGGAGCGAAGCAGAACAGUUAUGCUGCAUUCAAUGCUGCCGUUCUAGAGGGCCAUCUAGGAGCCGUCAAAUGUCUCUUGACUGAAGGAGCGAAGCAGAACAGAUAUGAUGGGAUGACCCCACUCUACGCCGCAGCAGAAUAUGGCAAUUUUGAUGUCGUCAAAUACUUCAUUUUGAAAGGAGCUGAUGUGAACGAGAAAGAUGACAAAGGAAUGAUUCCUCUCCAUGGUGCAACUUUUAACGGUAGCAUAGAUAUCAUGGAAUAUCUCAUUCAGCAAGGUUCCGAUGUGAACAAGGGUGAUACCAUGGGCAGGACACCUUUCAAUGCUGCCGUUGAAUAUGGCCAUUUGGAUGCCGUCAAAUUGCUCAUGACUCAAGGAGCGAAGCAGAACAAAUAUGUUGGUAUGACCCCACUCUAUGCUGCAACACGUUUUGGUCAUUUAGACAUCGUUAAAUUCUUCAUAUCCAAAGGAGCUGAUGUGAACGAAGAAGACGACAAAGAAAUGAUUCCUCUCCACAGUGCAGCUAUUUGA